AUGUUUAUUCCUCUUUUCUUUUUGAUAAACACUGUCACAUCAUGGUUUAGUCCUUUUUACAAAAAACGCUAUUGGCAGUAUUCUGAUGACCAGAAUAAUCUCUUGAAGCACUGUGCAGGUAUGGGACCAUAUGUUCAAGGUAGCGGUUUUGGAUUUGACUAUGAUGAGAUACCAAUGAAUUUGGUGGUGGAUCGGGUGUUUGUAUUCAGCAGACAUGGUGAGAGAUACCCUACAGUGGACCUGGAGCUCUCUCUUAGAGCCGUCUAUGACAAGCUUAAAGAGACCAAGGUGGAUCGAUAUGAAGGCCCCAUGUCGUUUGUGGAAAAGUGGGAUUAUUUUAUUACAAAUAGAUCUUUGAUUGAAAUGGAAACCAACACGUCACAAUUUUCGGGAUUAAAGGACAUGCAUAACUUUGGACAAGAUAUCAGGCAGAGAUAUGGUGAACAACUCUAUAAGGAGAGGAGCGUAAUGCCUUUUUUCACAUCUGGAUCACAGCGGGUGAUCGAUUCGUCAGAAGCGUUUGCAAGAGGAUUCUUUGAUGGUGAUAAUAAUGAAGAAUUGGCCAAAAAAAUGGUGAUAAUACCGGAGAAUAAAAACCAAGGCUACGACACUCUAACUACAGGAAAGAGUUGUGACCCUUACCAUAAAAAAAACAACUACCCACAUCCUUAUGUACCAAGAUUCAUGAAACAGGAGGCAAUGAGAUUAAACAAGCUUUCACCGGGAUUUAAUAUGACAGCCGCGGAUGUUAAGAUUCUAGCACAGUACUGUGCGUUCGAACUCAAUGUCAAGGGUCACAGCGAUGUAUGCGAUGCGCUUUCCAUGGAUACGUUUAUAGAGUACGAAUAUUUGCAUGAUAGUGAGGUAUACUACACCAAUGCCGAGCAUCCGUACACCUUUAUUCUUGGCUCUGUCUACGUCAAUGCUACUCUUCAGCUCUUGAACGAGAAGAAUCCCGAGCAGAAGAUGUAUUUCAGCUUCACGCAUGACACAGAUCUUCUCUUCUACAUGAAUGCAUUGGGAAUAUUAGAUCAUCAGGAGAGAAAACUUCCUAUUGGGAGGAUCGAGUUUUCGAGAUUUUUCAAAACGUCCGAAUUAGUCCCCAUGGGGGCUCGAAUAGUUUUGGAAAGAUUGACGCACGAAAAGACUCAAGAAAAAUAUGUGAGGGUCAUCAUUAACGAUGCUGUGAUUCCGUUGAAAUCCUGCCAGGAUGGACCGUCCUUUACCUGCAAGUUGAGCACACUUAAUCGACUAUUUUAUGAGAAGUUGAGUGAGCAGCAGACGUUUGGUGACAAAUGUAACGUGGACAAGAAAUAUCCACAGUACUUGAAGUUCUACUGGGACUGGAAGCAGUAUUCGCGGUAG